CAGCCGUAGAUGAUUCGAUGAAAAUGUCCAUAACUUUCCACAAACCAAACAACCAGCCACCAACAACCACUACUGUUGUUGUCUCGUAUCACCAUCCAUCAUGUCGUCGUCGUCUGCGUUGGCGGACGCGAACGAGGUGUUCUUGGUGUACUCCAAGGAGCCAGGAAGCAUGCACGUCGAGAAUAUUGGCUCGGCACUGCGUGCCCUAGGCUUCAACCCAAGCGACGUCGACGUGCAGGGGUAUAUCACGGAGGCAGAUUACGAUGGAUCUGGCACGAUUGAUCUUAGCACAUUUCGCGACAUUGUACAACAGCAAGAGGAGAAGCCAAAGGCAACGCAGGAGGAGUUGGAGAAGGCCUUUGUUGUCUUUGACAAGGACGGCAAGGGAUCCAUCCCCACGGAGGAGCUCAGAUACAUGAUCACAAAACUCGGUGAGGCGCUUACGGAGGAAGAAUGCACUGAGAUGAUCAAGCAAGUGGAUGCUGAUGGCAGCGGCACCAUCGAACUGCACGAGUUUGCCGCCAUGAUGUAGGAACUGCGUGCAGUGUUCUCUUUUGUGUGUGUGUGUGAGUGUGUGAGUGUGUGUGUGUGUGUGUGUGUAUUUGUGUGUGUGUGGUGGGUGGGGGGGUUGACUGCAUUUCAUUGUGACUCUUGUUGGUGUUUGGUGCAUUUGUCAAACCUAUCUCCACACCACAACCCCCCCCUCCUUUCUCUAUCUCUGUCUGUCUGUUACAUCCCCACACGGUCAUGUUUUUCGCCUGGUUGAUUCACGCUCGUGUGCGCACGAGAGUUAUAUUGUGGAUGGCGCAUUCAUCUGUUCAUUCAUUGCGAUAAACGAGAGUAACAU